AUGGCUGGUGCCAAGAGACUUGCUCAACUGGCAAAGAAGUGGCAGAGGGUGGAAGCACUUGGGAGGAAGAGGCUCACGGUAUCAGCCAAAGAAGAUCACGACUGCUGCAGUUCUGUGCCAGCCAAGGGCCACUGUGUCAUGUACACGGCCGACGGGAGGCGUUUCGAGGUACCCUUGGAGUACCUCAGCACGACGGUCUUCGGCGAGCUCCUGAGGAUGUCUCAGGAGGAGUUUGGCUUUGCAAGCGAUGGAAAAAUCACACUGCCUUGCGAUGCGGCAGUGAUGGAGUAUGUCAUGUGCUUGCUCAGGAGAAACGCCUCCGCCGAGGUCGAGAGUGCGUUGCUGAGAUCCAUGGUGACGCCUUGCCACUACACUGGCUGUGCAAUGCCUACCGUCGGAGCCAGCCAGCAGAUUUGCUGUUUGUAG